ACAAUUGUAGGAAGCAUCACACCCUCAACCCAUCUUUUAUUUCACAGAAAUGUCCAUUCUGCUUUAGCCAGGCAAGCGAGAGGAGCCUCCCAGCUGCGCUGGAUUUGAAUGUUUAGUGUACAGACAUAGAAACUAAAAUGUCAAGAUCCAUAAAAAAGCUCAGUCUUCAAUACAACCAGAUUAAUGAAAGCAAUACUUUUUCUAGUGGGGAUAUUGUGGAGGGACGAGUUGUUUUGGAGGUAACCAAAGAAAUAAAGGUGAACAGUUUUUUCGUGAAGCUGACGGGGGACGCACAUGUGAGCUGGUCUGAAGGCUCAGGUGACGACGAAACAACCUACAGUGACCAUGAGAGAUACUUCAAACUAAAGCAAUACUUCAUUCAAGAGAGCUCGAAGAAAGGAACUUGUGAAAGAAAUACAACUCUUUUAUAUGGAGAGACUUAUGGACCAGUGAUUAGGCCGGGAAGUCAUGUUUUUCCAUUCAGAUUUCAGCUACCUCAACAAAAUAUGCCUCCAUCUUUUAAAGGACUUCAUGGCUGGGUUAAGUAUGUCUUGACAGUAAAGAUGAGCAGGCCUUGGAAGUCAACAUCGGCUACACAUACAGAAUUAAACUUUGUGCUGAGAAAUUAUGGGACCAAUGAUCAUUUACUGCAACCACAAUCUGGCACACGAGACAAGAAGAUGAAACUUUUUGGCUCAGGAAAAAUGUCACUGGCUGUAACAGCUGAAAAAACUGGCUUUAUGCAAGGUGAAACAAUCAGAAUUUUUGUUGACAUAGACAACUCUUCAUCUCGUGACGUCAAGCUGAAGUACAGCCUCAAGCAGCAACAGACGUUCAUCACUGGCAGGAACACUAAUAGUGGAUUCAAUUAUAUAGUCAAGGAGACUAGAGAUCGCAUCCCUUCUGGAGAAAAGUCAAAAUUCAUAGUGGACAUGACCCUUCCACAUGACCUGACUGUCACCUUUGAAAACUGCAGAAUUCUAAAAGUGCAGUAUGAACUCAAGGUGUAUCUGGAUGUGUCUUUUGCCUCAGAUCCAGAAGUCAAAUUUCCCGUGGUUAUUCUUCCAGCUGAACAACAGUGUCCUCCCUGGCAAGGCCCACCUGGAGGAUUCCAGCCAUAUCCACCACCUCAGCCUAACCUUGUGCCUUAUCCUGGUGAACUACCUCCUCCACCUGCAGGGCUUUACCCCAAUCUGUACGACCCUACAGUGCUGCCCUAUCCAGGAGCUGCUGCAGGGGUCUAUCCCAAUCCAAAUCCACAUGCCAUCCAGCCUGGUUUCCAGCCGGCUCCUUCUGCACCAGUUUAUGAUCCAAAUCAAAGCACUAAAGAAUUCACUCCUAAUGUGCCUUAUUAGUCUCUUUCACCAGCCAAACCUCACCAUUUAUGCUGUCAAUGAGAAUUUAAUGUCUGCAUGCCUUCUAUCUGCAAGCUCAGUGCCUAUUACUGUGCCAUUUAAGCCUAGCACUUUUUUCAUUUCAGAUGGAAUUUAUAGACCUUAUGUACCCCCGCCCCUUUUCAGCACUGCACUCAUUGUCUUCUGUAUUCAGUUUCAAUUUCACAGCACAAGGCUAAGAUCUUAUGGAUUUAUGGAUGAACCGCUCAUUUUAAAAUCUUCCCGGUCUACUGAGAUUUAUGACACCUGUUUCAAACAUUUUAGUGGUCAUGAUCAUUUUUUGUUGACUUUACAAUAAGUAAAUCCACUUCACCAGCUAAUGCAAAACACAAGUUUAAACACAACAUUCUAAAGAUCGCUGCUUAUGCUUGCUUGUUUAUCUGGAGCAUAAGGUCUAUAAGCAGCAGUUCUUGAUAAUGAAAAAUAUACCCUUUAUCUCUAACCACUCCUGGUGAAACAUAUAUUGAUUACUUCAAUUCAAAAAGUACCUCAAUUGUAUUGAUACUGUGUUUUUUUGAAAAUAUUGCAGCUUUUUCUUAAUACUGUACUGCAUUUGCACUUUUGACCUCCAUCCAUGAUGAAAUAAAGCAAGAAGCCAUGGUUUACAGUGAAUUUAUAACAGCGAAGGGGCAAUAUAUGGACGACUCGAAGCAGAGUGCCUAAAACCCCCUUAGCUUUUAUAAAUUCACUGUAAAUCAUGGCUUCACGGGGCUUAUUCCUUUUAUAAAACGGUUAUAAAUUCCAUAUUCAUAGUAAGGUUUUACAAAAUAAAACAGAGCAAAUAAAGUGUAAUGAUGUUAAUAAAAACAUCAUUCUUCUGCCAAACAAUGUAGUUCCUCAGAAAUGGUUGAAGUUGCAACAAAGUGGUUGCCGGGCAACCCACAAACGUAAAUAAAGGUGCAUGUUUGUAGAGUAAUUUACAACAGCUUUGAAGGCAGCUCAACCAAUCAGAAUCAAGGACCUGUACUAUCCAUUUCAUAAUGAACUAUAGACUGUAUCAAUUACUGCAAAAAUGCUUGUACAGAAUGAGAUUCUUUACUGAAGUUAUGAUUAUUUCAUAAGAUGCUUCACCAUAUCUUGUUGGUUAAAAGUCGUAAAAGUAGUUUCAGGGGCCAGAGCUCUUCAUCACUCAAGUGCAACCAAGCAAACCUACUGAAUUAGAGAACUCUGAAUGCAUAUGAAGCUGUAUGUGACGACAUUCAAAAGUAUCAGUUUGCAAAUUGCACAUGAAGUUAAAAUUGUUUUGAAGUCAUAACAUAAUAUUCUGCAAGCAACUGUGUGAAAAUUAGCUUUAUGAAUCAAAAUGGUACCUGUAAAUCAUACUAUGUAUGAAAAGGAAUAAAAGUUGUCUGAGUUUUACUGCC